UCCCUCUCUAUCUGCUAUACAUACUGCUACCACCACACAUUGCCUGCCUGCCACUGCGACUCGCACCUCGCACUUGGCAAGCAUGGCGACUCUAGCCACCCAAGAAAUUCCUGAAUUUGUUAUGUCGGACGGCGAUGAUGUUGACGAUGAGAUGGAACCCAAGAUUUGGGGUCGCAUGUUUUCUUUAAAAAAGGGCUUUGAAACCAUUGAUUUCUCUGAUGAUAGCUACACUUUUGGACGAGACACUGCCUGUGACAUUCCAUUCAAUGAGAAACUGUGUAAAGACAAUUUCCAAGCUUACAGUAAACAGCAUUUUAAGAUAUAUACAGAACAGACCAGUUCAGGCCUCCAUGUAUUUUUGGAGGACAAGAGCACCAAUGGAACUUUCAUUAAUUCAGAAAAAGUUGGAAAGGGCAACAAACAAGUUCUCAAUAAUAACGAUGAAAUCUCUUUGGCAUUUAAACAAAAUAAAGUCUACCUGUAUACCCACAUGGAAAGUAUUAAUGAAGGGUUACAUCCACAGCUCACCGACAAAUACACCAUUACAAAGCUAUUGGGAAAAGGUGCAUAUGGUGAGGUGAAGCUGGGAUUUUCAAAGGGAACCUGUGAUAGAUAUGCGAUAAAAGUCAUCUCAAAAAAGAGAUUCUCUACUGGUGGUUGCACCCAAAUAAAUGAUGGUGUGAAAGCUUUAGGUGAAGCCAAGAUACUACAGUCUCUUAACCAUCCAUGUAUCGUUAGCGUGAACGAAGUCAUAGACGUACCAGAUACGCUUUAUAUUGUUCUUGAAUUGUAAGAUGAAGGUGGAGAACUGUUUGACCGAGUGAGAAAUAAAGGAGCAGUUCCAGAAACGAUUUCACGGUUAUACUUAUAUCAGAUGAUCUCAGCCAUUAAGUAUCUCCAUGAUAAAGGUAUUACACAUCGGGACCUGAAGCCAGAAAACAUCCUUCUGAUGACUGAUGAAGAAGAAACUUUGAUAAAGGUGACAGAUUUUGGAUUGUCCAAAUUCUUUGAUAAUGGCAGUGUGUUAAAAACAUUCUGUGGAACACCCACAUACUUGGCCCCAGAGAUUCUAUUGACCGCUGGAAGAGGGAGUUACACAAAAGCAGUUGACUGCUGGAGUCUGGGUGUAAUUCUUUUUAUAUGUUUGGUUGGUUAUCCUCCAUUCUCUGAAGACCGGAAAGACAUGCCUCUAACAAAACAGAUUUUAACGGGGACCUAUAUGUUUAGUUCACCCUAUUGGGAUGAUAUAUCAGUAGCAGCAAAGGACCUCGUGCAGAAAAUGCUGACUGUUGAUCCCAGCCAACGCAUUACUAUCCAGGAGGCCUUUUCUCAUCCCUGGUUGAAGGAUCAACAAAUGAUUGAGAAAGCAAACACUUUGAUGUACCCAGGAUCCAAUGGACUGAUGCUGUCCACUUUGUCUAUGUUGCAGCCACAGCCAGGGAAACGGAAAAUGAACGACGUGGAUACCCAUUCUGUUGUCAAGAAAGCCAAGUAGCUUCCAAAGCCAGGCAGGACAUCCCACUUUGCUCAUCUCCAAUCGUGGUUGAUACCACGAACCUCAACAUCCUGUAUACCAUGCAUUAAUAUUACAUGUUCUCCUUCAGUUACACCAUCAGUUCAGAAUAUUUACACCAUCAAUUCAGAAUAUCGGUGAAACUACCUGAUUCCUCCUUUUUUUUUUAAUUUUUUUUUUUUUAUACCUAUUAUCUAUAAACUAAAUAGGACUAAAUAGGACAGUACAAUUUUUGCAACUGUGUUUCUUUUCUGUCUGUCUGUCUGUCUCUGCAUCUGGUCAAUGCAUACAAGUGU